AUGACGACCAUAUCCUCCCAUACAGCCUACAUGCAGAAAUGCAUCAACCUAGCCGAACAGUCCCCGCCACGCCCGACAAACUUCCGCGUCGGCGCCAUCCUCCUCUCCCGCAAAAACGACGACCCCACGCACGCCGACGAUCGCAUUCUCUCCACUGGCUACACCAUGGAGCUAGCGGGCAAUACGCACGCUGAGCAAUGUUGCCUCGCCAACUUCGCCGCCGUACACCGCGUACCUGAACAACAAGUCAACGAGGUGCUGCCGGUCGAGCCGGGCCGCUCGCUCGUCAUGUACGUGACCAUGGAGCCGUGUGGGAAGCGGUUGUCCGGGAAUGCGCCAUGCGUGCAGCGGCUCACGGCGACACGAGCCGGCGGGCGGGCGGGAGUGCAGAAGGUCUUUUUCGGGGUGAAAGAGCCCGGGACAUUCGUGGGGGCGUCAGAGGGGUGUCAGAUGUUGACGGCGGCGGGGAUUGAGUGGGAGCAUGUGAGUGGGCUGGAGAGGGAGAUUCUGACGGUUGCGACGGCCGGCCAUGAGAACUCGGCGGAGGAGGUGCGGGCGGCAUUGGGGGAGCGGAAAACUACCAUUGAUGAGAUCAGUCCGGAGGAGAGGCAGCGACAGGAACAGGCCCCCGGAACCCAAAAAAGCGGAUGA